AUGCACUCCAGCCCUAUGUCGCCGCACAGGACAACGCGCAGUGGGUGGAUGCACGGUGCAGGAAAUGAGCAGAUGCACGUGGCUGGCCAGAUGCCCCUUCGAUGUCACAGCCUGCUGCUUCGCACACAGCCAGUGUUGCUCGACCGACUUCUAGCACAGCAAGAGUGCAGGUUCGGCCAUGCCAUGGACGUCCAGGGCAGUGUUGCCACCACCAGUCCGACAGUUUCGGCACAGUUCGGAGGUUAUCCGUCGAGCACAGGCAGUUCCACUAGUGCCGAGCCUCGGGAGCCCCCGCCCGCCUCCGCGGCGGCGGCUGCGGCGGCCGAGGCGGCAGCGGCCGCGGCCUGGCCCGACAAGGACUUCGCCGUCCUCCCGGAUCCGGUCCAAGAGCCUGCAGAGGCGGUCUGCGACAUUCAAGACCCGGUUCAGGAUCAGGUUCAAGACCAGGGCAGUGUGGACACCUCCUCCGCGCGUGGUGCCUCCGUCGAUCGCUGCUCUGGGGCGCCGGCACAGGUGGAGGCCGUGAACUCUCCGCGGACGGCCACGGCAGGCCCAGCGCCGGAAAAGCCAGUCGAGGUGACAGUGGACGAUGAGCCCGAGGUCUUCCUCGAGAUGAUCAGGUUCGUCUACUUAAACACCUGCCAUGUGGAUCAGUCCAACGUGAAGGCUUUGCUGCACAUCGCGGACAAGUACUGCAUCGAGGACAUUGUGAAGCACUGCUUGCAGUGGAUGCAAGACCAAUUCACAGCCGGCCUCUUCUACCACAUGCUUACCGUGCAAAUGUCCAACGAGCAUUUCGGUAGGCUGCUGUGGAACAGUUUAUUGAAGGCGCUGAGGAGUCGACGUCAUUUCUCAUUGGUCACAGCAGAUGCCGAAGAGCACUUCGAGAAGCUGCCAGUGUCUUUCGUGGAAGCUUUGCUCAGCUCCGAUGAGCUGCCCGUCGUCAGUGAGAUCGAGGUCAUCCACCUGAUCGCUCGUUGGGCCAAGGGCGCCCUGGCACAGCAGGAGCGGAAAAUGGGCUCCCAUGAUGACGAGCUAGAGAGAAACUCCCACGAGGAUGGCGACGGACAUUAUCCGGAGGACGAGACCCACGAUGGAUAUUCCGACGUGGGCAGUGGGCAGCAGAUGGGUGCUCCUGUGGGCAGCGAUACAGAGAACGCUGCCACGACCAUGGGCACCGACAUCUCUAGUUGUGGCACUGACGGAACCGAUGACGACUCUCAGCUACGCUCGCAGAGUGAGAUGAGAGCUCGGACCAGAGGCGACAUGUUGCGCCUUCUGCGAGCAGUGCGGAAGAGCAACAUGCUUGUCAGAUUAGCGGACAUGGAGCCUAUGUUUCAGAUACUCGGUCUGAACCGGCUCUUCUGCAGCAAGCCGCCUCGCGAGACAUCAGCGCUCGAUCCUGGCUUCGUAGCGUAUCGCGGUGUGGCCGGUGUAAACACACCCAGUGGGGCCUUCGGAGAGUUUCACCACUCCAAUGUCGUCCCACAUGCUUGGAAGGGCAUAAGUGUUUCUCUGGGCAGCCACGAUUUCCUGCAGCAGCAGGAAGGUUUCAAGCCAAACCAAGUGCCUGAGAGGGGCACCACAGUUUUUCCUCGCCUUUGGGUUCGAAUAACGUGCUCCUCAUGGUCGCAUCGGGAGAAACGCACGUCCAAGAGCACGUCGGGGCACAACCGGCACACUGUUGCCGGCCCACUAGGUGCUGAAAUCCCGGGACCGCCGAAUUGGGAAUCGGCGCAUCUCAUGGGAAUAUCUCCUGUGAACGAGGAACAGUGCAGCAAGUUUCCGCCGACGCUCAAAACGAUGCAGUCGCAGGACGAUUGGGACAUAGGCCGCACAAAGACAUUGCGGGCUCCCAACAACAUGCCAGAGCUCAUGAACAAUGAAAAGAUUGAGCACAAGGUUGUAUGCGCGGUGAUUAGUGGGCACAUGCGCCACGGCAUCCGCAUCGGUCAGCGAGAGAGAAGUUCCAUCUACGAUGUGGAGGAGCUUUAUGGACAAUGCGGGGAGGUGUGUCUAGGAGGUUCUCCCACCGAGGUAGAGUUCGAGCUUCAGCUGAAAGUCCAGGCUCCCAGCCCCUGUGGCAUUUGCCGCUGCAGCCUCUCCGUGUACCAGCCCGAGGGAGUCAACUCAGAGCCGCCCGAACAGCCUGCCGAGGCUCUGCUAGAGGUGAGUUUCGAUGCUUCGGCGGAGGAGCAUUUGCAUUUCUAUAUCUCCUCUUCGUACUUCGACUCCAACAGCACGUACAACGUCGCUCUCAACUGGGUGCUCCGUCCAGGUCUGCGACUCGAAGCCGACAUGGACUCUGAUAACGUCUCGCCGAACUAG